CUGUUGCGCCCAAAUUUGAAUAGAUUGGACCUGUCCAAAUUCGAGGCUAGAUAGCAUCGCGAUAACAGGUUUCCGCCAUUACAGUUUUGCAUUGCGAUAGUGACAUCGGACAAAGGCAUAUCUUAUCAGAGGCUCACAUUACCUUGUUAUUCCUUUCUCAAAAUAAGAGUCCAACCAUAUCCUGCCUGCAUCCGUCCGCUCUGAAAGCUCCAAAUCUGCUUAGCAUUUCUUUGUUGAGCUCAGCUCGAGUAGCCAUUUUCUAGGGCGAUCCAAGGCGAUCAAAAUGGACCCAUUCAUAUUCCCCAGCAAGGCGGCGGAGGAGGUGGCACUCGCGGCAGCAUGGUGGAACAAGCCAAUCACACCGGACGUGAAAAGGAUGCUGCAGAAAUGGUCAUCCCAGGAGGAGCACGAACCGGCGGGAGGCGGCCCGCGCAAGACCGCCAAGGCGCACUAAGGACCGGGAGGAGCAGGAAAAUCUGGCUCUCAGGAGCGCUCGCCGGAGAAGCUUCUUCAGCAGCCGUGCCGUGCGGAGAUGGCGCAUUAUCUGGACGUGCGCAACGGGUGGGAGCUGGCGGAGUGCGAGUGCCGCUUCGACCGCGCGGUGAGUCACCGCGCGCAGCGCGCGCUCAACAUGAUGAGCCUAGAAGACUUCCGCAUGCACCUGCACAAGCAGCAGCCGGACUCCGUCCCCGCCGCCCCCGCAAACAGACAAACCAGGGCGAUCCUGGACCACUCCGCGCGCGUGCCGCGCUGGGGGGCGCGCGCGGGGCUCCGCCACACGUGCAGUUCCACUGGAAGUGCGAGCGCACGUCGUAUCUCUGCGCGGAGGGGAUGCUCGUGGAGUGGAUGGCGGAGCCUCGCGUGGGCGUGCUUAUGGACCUGGGGAGGGUUAGAUCCUGGCUUUCUGGGAUUCUAGGUGGUGCAGGUGCCUCUUCUUCCUCUGUUGCUGCUGCUGAUGCAAGUGCUAAUGCCUCAAGUGCGUCUGCUACCUGGUCCUCCUGCUGCUGCUGCUGCUGCCGCUGCAGCGGCUGCUGGGCGACCUACCGCCGCACGGUCAGCUUCGCUGCCUUCCUCGACCAGGCGGAUCAGGACUGCUUCGCGUCUGUACUGGUGCAGAUUCUCGGUGUGAAGGAGAAAGGGGAUUUGAAGGAAGGGUUUGGGUUUUUCCUGCAGGAACUGAUGUCAGGCGGGCUUGAGAAGGCGCACGCGGAGGGGAAGGGGAGGGGGCGUGUGUGGGAGCGGUAUGUGGAUGGGAUAGGUUGGAUUCUGGAGCAUGGAGGGGCGGAAGGGAGGGAGUUCAGGUGCAGCCAUUGCAGUGACGGCAGCAGCAGCAGCAGCAGCAGCAGCAGCAGCAGCAGCAGCAGCAGCAGCAGCAGCAGCAGCAGCAGCGGUGGUAGCAGCAGCAGCAGCAGCGGUGGUGGUAGCAGCAGCAGCAGCAGCAGCAAUAGCAGCAUGAGCGAGACGGAUACCCCCAAGGGCAUGUAUGUGAGCGGCGUGGGUGCCACGGAUUUCGCCCUGGGCGUGGCGUCCGUGCUCUCGAAGCCACAGUACUGCAGGGAGGCGCAGGUGUUCGUCCUGGAUGGCGACAAUGCAAACAAGACACGCGUGGAAAAUGCUGCCAUUGACGCAGCCAGGAAGCGGUUGAACAGGGAGAGGCUGGCAAGGGAGAGAUCCACAAGCAAGGGUAUGAUGAAUCAGGGAGAAGCUGACACUCUUUCCAACGCUGCUGCUGCUGCUGCUGCUUCGGUUGACACCAGUGUUUCUAUCGGCACCAAUGCCUCUCUGGGCAGCAGGGCUGUUCCUGCCACUCGAGUCGUUCCAGUCAACACGAACCCUGUCAUUGCUGCCUUCACGUAUCGGGCAGGGUGCAUCUUGCAGUGGGUCCGGAUCUACGGCUCAGAUUUCUUCUCAGCAAAGAAAUGCUCCAAGGGCAGCCUGCACGGCAAGGUCCGGCAGAUGCGCCACCCGCUUCGGGACCUUCCGAGCCUGCUGGUGAGGCUCGGUGCCAUCCCCAAGCCUCUGGAGGGAAGCAAUUUCCCCUUGGAGUGGGAGGAGUGGCCUCAGGGCGAUGAAGCUGCUGUGAAGCUUCCUGCUGACCCGAGUGCAAGGUGCUUCCGAUUGGGAAUAGUGGAUGAGAGUGAGACAGGUGGGGACUGUGGGGAGGAUGGGGAGGAUGGGGAGGAUGGGGAGAGGUCAUCUAAGAAGGCAUCAAAGGCAGGGGGGAAAGGGAAGGGAAAAGCUGGGAGGGGGCAAGGAGGAGGCAGGGGGGGUGGGAGGGGGAGCGGCAGGAACAGAAGCCGUGGGGACGGGCCGGUGAGCCUGAUGGAUGCGCUAACAGGUGCAGCUGCGCCCCAAAACAGAACGAUCCCCAUCGUCCGCUGCAGGGCAGAUGCGGAGUUUCUCGUCGAGUUUGCCGGGUACUUGGUGGAACCACCCGCAUGCUCCCAGUGCACUGACUGCUUCCACACGUACACCUCCUUCCUCCCCACCCUCGCCCUCAUCGCUAACUACGCCUACCGCCCCGCCACUGUCCUAUUCAACCGUUUUGUAUCUAUCUUCCCGGCACACUCCCCGGAGUUCAACGAGCUCCUGAGUCUCUUGCAGAUGGAGCCGUUGCCGUCGAAUGUUUCGCCAUUGCUGAAUCUGCAUGUGGUGAGAAAGAGGGCAGAGCAACUGCCGGUGUUCUUUCUGCUCCAAGUCGCUCUGCACUGGCCAAAAUCCGUGCUGCAGGGAGGAAAAUCGAGAAGAAAAGGAAGAAGGCCAAGGGGGAGGAGGAGGAGGAUGAUGGGGAGGUGUGGGAGGAGUGAGACGUGCAAGGGCGGCGGCAAGGGGCGGAAGGGGAAGGCGAGCAGCGCGGAUUGGGCGAGGAGGAUUGGUGGGAUGUGGCCGAGAGCCAUUGAGACCAGGUUCUGUGAAGACAAAGAGAUGCAGGAGCAUGAGGGGCCUGGCAGUGCCAGCAGCAGCAGCAGCAGUAGCCCCAGCAGCGGCGGCAGUGGCAGUAGCAGCAAGUGGGGUAGUGGCAAUGAGGGGAGGGGCGAGGUGGGGGAGGUGCCGGCUUAUCUGAAGCCAUGGCCGGGAGGGAUCAAUCUGGUGGCAUGUCUGCGAGAGAUGCUGCUGGGGCAGCCAUGCUACCGCCCUCCCUCCCGUGCUGCCUCCUCCUCUCCUGCUGUCUUUUCCACCCCUGCUACUGUAUCCGCUUCUCUUGCACCAAACAACACUGCUGCUGAUGACUCUAGCGCAGCAGCAGGGGCAGCAGCAGUAGCAGCAGCACCAGCUGGUUCCAAGUCAGAGAGCUGUGUUGCUGCUCGUAGUGGGGGGCGUGUGUGCGGUGCAGAGGGGUGUGGGAAGGUGGAGGGAGGUGGUGUGAAGCUGAAAAGCUGUUCUGGGUGUGGCAAGGUGGCGUAUUGCAAUAGGGAAUGCCAAAAGGCGCACUGGGCCCUCCACAAGCUCGCAUGUCGGGCAAAGUGCAGUGGCAAGGCAUAACGUCACCAUAGACACACGCUGCAACCUCCGAUGUUGUAGAGGUUUGCAUCCUGCAGUCACAUCGUCCAUCCAACUACUAGGCUUGUCAUAUCAUUGUGUGACUCGCAUCGCAAGGAAUGCUGUUGAAGGGAACGACCUUUGGUGUCCAUUUGCUCUGAUUUCUGGUACCUUUCUCCAGCAUGGCGUCCUGACGCCCUGUCCUUUUUGCCAGGGAGACACUGCUGUUACCUGUCUUACAUGUUGGGAUGGGGUGGCCAGGAAUUUUCCUUUCCAUCAUCUUUCACUCCCUAGCAGGCCUUCUCGCUGCUGCGUGCUCCAUUUCUGCUGCUUUUUGCUCUCGCUUCUUGGCUUUAUGGACUUGGAUGCACACAGCUGCUCUCAUAAAAGGAGUGUCCCUAGUUUCACGAGAUUUGAACCCUUCGGGUUUAGGGCCCUUCUUCUCCACUCACAUUCUGCUACGCAUGUUUAUUGGACAC